AUGGAGUUUAUUUUGCUGGGAUUUCCUCUCAACAGGCAGGUGGAGCUGCUGUUCUUGGUGCUGCUACUGCCCACAUUCCUGCUGACGCUCCUGGGGAACCUGCUGAUCAUCUCUGUUGUGCUGUCCUACUCCCGCCUCCACACCCCCAUGUACUUCUUCCUGUGCAACCUCAUCCUGGACAUCCUCUGCACCUCUGUCAUUUCUCCAAAAGCAUUGGCCAACUCAGUAUCUGGGGAUAAAACCAUCUCCUUUGCUGGCUGUAUCACCCAGUGCUAUUUCUACUUCUUCCAGGGCACGGUAGAGUUUCUCCUGCUGACAGUCAUGUCCUAUGACCGCUAUGUCACCAUCUGCUACCCCCUGCGGUAUAGCACCAUCAUGAGGCCUCCUGUCUGCAUUGCGACCGUUGUGUUCUCUUGGUGGGCCCUUGCUGGCCCUGGCCUGUGUGGCACCACUGCCAUUGAGCUGAUGGAUUUUAUGCUUUUGUCCACAGUCAUCCUCUACUGCAUGGUCCUCGUGGCCUAUUCCUAUACGUACAUCGUCCUGACAGUAGCGUGCAUCCCUUCUGCAAGUGGGAGGAAGAAGGCCUUCAACACCUGUGCUCCCCACCUGACCAUAGUUGUGAUUUCUGGUAGCAUCAUGGUUAUCUAUGUGACCCCCUCCCAGAAAGAAUAUCUGGAGAUCAACAAGGUCCCUUCCGUCCUGAGCAGUGUUGUGGCUCCAUUCCUCAACCCCUUCAUAUAUACUCUGAGGAAUGACACGGUGUUGGGGGUCCUCAGGGAUGUGUGGGUCAGGGUUUGAACAGUUUUGGAAAAGAGUAUGAGGACAAUGCCGAGGAGCGGAUUGUCCUCCAACAGUGACCACAGAGGAGGGGCUAGUUCCUCUUUCUCUUCACUACCGGGUAUCCAUCGUUCAAAUCCCCAGUAUUAAAAGAGAGGAUUGCCUUAGCAAAAGGGUGAGCUAGCUGAGGGAUCCUGAAUGGUCUAUAGCAGAAAGAAGUGGACCUUGGAGACAGGGACUUGGACUCUGGCCUUGGUUCUAACUCAAACUCUGUGGCCACAACUGUAUCACCUUGUUACCUGCCACUCUGGCCCUCAGUGCUCUCAUCUGAAGUAUGACAGCGUUGGACUUGAUGAUCUCUAAGAUCUGUCCACACUGAAUAUUCCAAGAAUUGCAGAAGGGCCAUACAGCCUGUGUCCUGUUUGAAGUCCCAUCACGUUUGACCCCAUUUCCUCGUGGAUCCUGAGUACAACUCUUCUAUCAGCUUGGCACAAAGUCAUUCCUGGUCCCCUCUGCAUAGAACCCCUUUCCUUCCAUCUUCUCUAGGAAUCUUUCUAGGAAUAAGCUUCAUUAUUCUCCAAU